AUGACUCAACAUCUAGGAGAUCAUCUGGAGGACCACCUGGAGCCUUCCAAAGAAGACGGUCUUUACUACAAGGACACUGACCAAAAGACUACCCACUCUAUCGAUAAAGACGACAAAAACGAAAUUGAAUUCACCGAGAUUGAAACCACAUCGAUCAUCUCCCAGGGAUACUCUCAGACAUGGGCCACCUACACCGAUGAACAUAACCCCGACGGGCUCAGAAUUGCCACAGACGAAGAUCGAGCGACUCUAAGACGAGUAGCUGCUCCAAUUGGAGCCAUGACUUACAUGCUGUCUCUUGUUGAGUUCGCAGAGCGAGGCUCGUACUAUGGUCUGACCAACGUCAUUUCCAACUUUGUCCAGUUCCCUCUCCCUAAGGGCGGAAAUGGCUGGGGAGCCACACCUGCCGGUUCUCAGUUGACAGCGGGAGCCCUAGAUCAGGGUCUUCAAGUCGCCACGGCUCUGACUCUGGUUUUGCAGUUUUUAUCCUACUUGACACCUCUUCUAGGAGCCUACCUUGCCGAUUCCAAAUAUGGACGUUUCAAGACCAUCUGGGCCGGUACGAUCAUCUGUGGAAUUGGCCAUAUUGUGAUUGUGAUUGCCGGAAUUCCCGGAAUCAUAGAGCACCAGAAAGCUGCUCUAGGAAUCUUUAUUGCUGGACUAAUGAUCUUUGCCUUUGGAACCGGUCUCUUCAAGCCCAACUUGCUUCCACUAUUGCUGGAACAGUACAGAGAAGACAACAACUGGGUGAAGAAGAUGCCCAAUGGAGAACUCGUGGUGAUUGACAAAGAAUCGACUCUUCAACGAAUGACUCUCGUCUACUACUGGUCUAUCAACGUGGGAGCUUUUCUUGGUCUGGGAACUGCUUAUGCCGAAAAAAGAAUUGGUUUUUGGCUCGCUUUUCUGGUUCCCACUAUUCUCUACUUCUUCCUCCCCCUGUUUCUCUGGAUCAUCAGAAACAGGGUUUACAAGGCUCCUGCUUCUGAAGAUUCUCUCAUUGCUGGAUUCUUAGGAGUCAUCUACCAAAGACUGUUCAAGAAGGACUCCACAUACUCCGAGAAGUUUCAAACUGACGUCUGGGCCACUCUCAAAGCCACCCGCUUCUUCCUUUUCUUUCCAAUCUACUUUAUCAACGAUGGAGGCAUUGGAGCACUGUCUAAUUCUCAGGGUAGUUCAAUGAUCACCAAUGGAGUCCCCAACGAUCUUCUCAACAACUUCAACCCUCUCACGAUUAUUGUGGCAGUACCGAUAGUCAACUACGGACUAUAUCCUCUACUGAGACGCUACAAAAUCAACUUUCGGGCCUCGUUCCGAAUCUUUUUGGGCUUUAUGCUGGCAGCUUUUUCUCCCAUGAUUGGAGCUAUUCUUCAAUGGAGAAUCUACGAGACUUCCCCCUGUGGAUACUAUGCCACCCAAUGUGAAGCUGGAGUAGCUCCAAUCACCAUCUGGUGGCAAGUCUUCCCUUAUGUCUGUACUGCUUUGUCUGAGAUCUUUGCCAUCACUACCUCAUACGAACUAGCUUACUCUCUGGCUCCAGAACAUAUGAGAUCACUUGUUAUGGCACUGCUACUGUUUAUGUCUGCCUUCAGUACGGCUAUUCAGACAGGUCUGACUCCGGCUUUGGUCGAUCCGCAUCUCAUUUGGCCGUUUGUGGGCAUCUCAGCAGCAGGAGGAGCCUUCGCCAUCGCCUUUCUCUUUUGCUACUGGAACCUCGGAAAAGGUCAGAAGUUGUCAGUCUAG